UGUAUUCCAAAAAUAUUCAGAAAUUGGAGUGAUAUUUUUAGGGUUUUACAAAAAGGCGGGUUUUGUGUCUCUCUUUGGUUAUUUGGGAUCUGGGUUUUGGUUAAUCCUGCAAAGUAGCCACAUUUUUGCAUUCCGGAGAGAUGGAGCAGCAAACGACGACGAAGAAGAUAAUGAAAGAUUGUGAAGUUGAAGUCAGUUCUGAAGAGGAAGGGUUCGAAGGUGCUUGGUUCAGAGCUAUUUUAGAGGAAGCCCCAAGAUGUUUAGCAAGCGAAGAGCUUCGUGUCCGUUACUUGACGUUGCUCGACAUGGACGGUUCGUCUCCCCUAAUCGAACACAUCGAACAGAGGUUUAUUCGACCUGUCCCUCCGGAGGAGAAUCGACAGAAAGACGUCGUUUUGGAGGAAGGUACGGUGGUGGAUGCUGACCACAAAGACGGGUGGUGGACUGGUGUGGUCGUAAAGAAAUUGGAGGAUGAGAACUAUUUGGUUUACUUUGAUUUACCACCUGACAUUAUACAGUUCGAGCGGAAGCAUUUGCGUGUUCAUCUUAACUGGACUGGGUCGAAAUGGGUCCGACCAGAAAUUAAGGAAUUGGACAAGUCCAUGUUUAGCUCCGGGACUAUGGUGGAAGUUAGUUCUGCCAAAGAUGUUGCGUGGUUCCCUGCAAUGAUGAUCCAAGAGACUGAUGAGGAUGAUAAACAGAAAUUCAUUGUGAAGGACUGGAAUAAGUACUUGAGCUCCAAGGGUGAUGAGGCAAGACCAAACAAGAUAGUUGAUUCGCGCCGUGUUAGACCCAUACCACCUCCUUCUUCGGUUGACAAGUAUUCAUUGUUGGAUUGUGUAGAGGCGUUGCGUGGUUCAGGAUGGUAUAAAGGGAAGGUCAGGAAAAUUCUCCAUGAUAGACGUUACAUGGUUAGCUUAGAGGCUACAAAGGAGGAAACAGUAUUUAAACACUCCGAUCUCAGGCCUUUCAUGGUGUGGGAAGAUGGAGUCUGGCUUGAGGAUCCAAAGCCAAAACCCAUAAAAGAUUCUCCUCCAAACGUCCUAAGGAAUAAGCCAAUUCGUUCUUGUUCUGGUGCUAAGCCAGUGACUCCUAAAAUGGCCCCAAAGCAGAUGAGAAGUUCCGUGAAUCCUGAGGAGAUUGACAUGGCACUCACUGAAGCUGAAAAUUCAGUUGCCACUGGAGAUUUAGGAAAGAAGAGACCUGAUGCUGUGAUGAUGAAUGAUAAAGCUCCUCCAGUCAUAACCCAGCAAGUAACAUCAAUAGCGAGAGAAACUGUUUCACCUGUAACCCCGUCCCCGGUCAUAACGGCAACACCAUUGAAACAAGCAGAGGCUUUAAGUGAAAGAAAGAAAUCCCCAAAGAAGACACCUGAGCCACUGAAGAAUCAGAAUGGUUUGGAAAGUAGCCCAACUCGACAGGAGAUGUCUGAGGAGGAGAAUGGCGAAGAUAAUAGCAAAAAAAGGAAAAGAGAACAAAGACACAACUCAGACGUGGAUGCAACUGAUGGAACUUGCAAUGGUUCAAAGGCUCAGAUCAAUGAUACAAGUAGUAACAUAUGCAUUGAUGAUGUUGAUGAGCAGCCUCUCUCUGCUUGGAUAAAUAUAUCUACUCCAUCUACCGAGAGAUCCUCUGAUCAGAUCCCAAAUGUGGUAGAUAAUUCUGCUGCUGAAGUUGAGGAACCUCAAGCAAAGCGUACACUAAUGAGUCUGCCUUUUGAAAAGAGUCUGCCAUUUUGGAAGACAUAUGAAGCAGAGGAGGCAUACAAAAUAGUACCACAGAACCCUCAUUUCACCCCAUUGGUGGAGGCUAAAGAAGAUAUCCGGGAAUGGUCAGCUGUAGGUAUGAUGGUGAGCUUCUAUGGGUUGUUAAAAGAAGUCAAAGAUCUGCGGCUUGAUGUUUCUUCUAGUAAACUAAGUAGCCUCAGUAGUUCUUUUGCCGAGCUAGAGAAGCAUGGUUUCGACGUUGCAACCCCUCAGUCACGGAUCGACAAAGUGCUGUCUCUGCAAGAUGGGCGAGCAAAGAAAGUGGAGGAAAGAAAAUGUCUUGAGAAGAAGAUUGAAGCUGAAGAAACCGAAAGGCACAAAGUAGAAGAAGAAAUGGUCGAGUUAGAACGUAAGAUUUUGGAGCUGAAGAGACAAGAAGCGGUUGGGAAAGAGAAGAAGGAAACUGCGGACAAAAAGAUUGUUCAAAUGAAAUCUUGUGCCGAAAUCAUUGAUCAAGAGAUUGCAGAUGUAGAGCUGGAGUUUUUAACAUCUGUGUUGGCUCCCUGGUAAAUAAGUUAGAAAUGAAUGUCGUACUAAGCUCUUAAUAGGAUAAAAUGAAGUAGAUGUAAAGUGACUUGUCUGAGAUCUUCUUCCGCAUAUGGUUUUACUAACGAUGAUCUCUAUGAACCGAUUCAACAA